AGGAGGCAGGCGGGGACCAGCUUUCCCUUCUCCUCACCCCUGGGGAAAAACUGAUGCUGCCGAGGAAGCGGUGGGGGCACAGGCACAACUGCGGAGGCCUUGGCCAGUCCCCUCCCUGUGGGGGGAGAGCGGUGGGGCGGUGGUGGCGGCCAUGCCGGGGGCUCUGAGCCGCCUCCGCUGCCUUCCAGGCCUGGCGUUUUUCCGUUGCGUGGGUGCCGAUGCCAACGUCACCGCCGGGCACGGCACGGAGGGGCUGGCCUGUGGCGUGGCCGAGAGCUGCACGGGGAACGUGACGCAGCUGAGGCGGCAGGGUCACUUCUCCAGGUGCCCGGAGGAGUACAAGCACUACUGCGUCAAAGGGAGAUGCCGCUUCCUCGUGGCCGAGAAGGCACCAGCUUGCGUGUGUGAACGAGGCUACACGGGGUCUCGCUGCGAGAGGGUGGACAUCUUCUACCUGCGAGGUGACCGGGGCCAGAUCGUGAUCAUCUCCUUGAUCGCUGCCAUCGUCACCCUCAUCAUCUUUGUCGUCUGCGCCUGCCUCUGCAGUCACCACUGUCGGAAGCAGCGGAGGAAGAGAAAGGCAGAGGAGCUGGAGACCUUGAACAAGAAUUUGCCUUCCAAAAGCGAGGACGUGCUGGAGACGGACAUUGCGUGAUGGUGCGUGGGGACCGAGGGGAGUGUCACCGAGCCCGGGGAGCUCCAGGUACCCGCGGGCGGGUCCCGAACAACGACACCGGCUGGCUCCACGGGCUUAAAACCUACCAACGGCUUGAAUAAAGGGGUGACGGAAAGGUG